AUGAAGCAGAUGCUGGACGAUAUUCCUGAAGAACGCUCGCAUUUCAACUUUCCACCGCUUGGAGAGGUUGAUUACUCCUAUGUCGUGUAUGCACCACUGCAGCAGUUCUCCUAUAAUGUCACCAGCCUCGAGUUUUACACAGAUAAUCGCUGUGUAUCCCGCUUCUUUGAUAACGAGUUCUUUCUCCGCGCAAACCAGACUAGCGUCGACAAGUGUUUUGCUAUUGAUGACGGCACUGUUGCCCUUGAUUUUUAUUGGGCGGAUCCACACUUUGCUGGCCACGGCGGUGUCGGUGGAACGAUGGCAAAUUCCGCCGCUUCAAUCGGGGACCCUCCCUUCUUCCUUCACCACGCCUAUGUUGACCGUCUGUGGUGGGAGUGGCAACAGGCCGACCCGGACACAAGAACAAACCCCAUUGGAUCUCUUCGAAAUCACCCCUCAGAGGCUUAUCUAGCAAGAGAGUCUUUGCCGGCGCCUGGUUCAGAGUUUCUAGAUUAUUCAGGAGAUAAUGGCGGGAACAUCACCACUUUGGGCCAUGUGCUUUGGCUUGCGGGUCUUGAGCCGAACGUUACAAUUGCGGAUGUGAUGGAUUUGAGCAACAGCCUUAAUUGUGCUGAGUAUGUCUAG